AUGGACCGCUUGAAACGGCCCCAUACAAAAUCUCGCCAGGGAUGCUUUAACUGCAAGAUCCGGAGAAUCAAGGUACGCAAGUUAGCGGACAGCCUCUCUACACCACUGGAACUGAGCAAGGAAGACCAAGACUGUGUCUACCCAGGCAAAGAAGACUGGAAAUGGCGACUGGCGAAGGCGGGUCAGAAACAGAUUCCGAUAACAAGGGGAUCACCAGCCCUUUCGUCAUCUCCUCAAAUUGGCACGGCUCCUUUCACCGGUGACGAUCUGCGCUUUUGGCAUCAUUUUCUAGCCGAUGCACGACCAGGUCUUCCACUGGGAGAUGAGGGCACCUGGUCGUCGGAGAUACCCGCGUUUGCCCUCGAUUGUCCUCAUCUCAUCCAUGCAUUACUUUCUCUGGGCGCAUCACACUGCUCCCUAACCACCUCGCAACGGUACAAGUACGCCCCUCUUGCUAUCGCACACCGGGGCAAAGCUCUCAAAGCCCUCAACGCUAUUCUUGCCAAAGGCGAUAACUGCACUAUAACCGAAAUGGACAGUGCUCUAGCAACAUGCUACGCAUUGACCUUCCAAGCUCGCCAAAUAAGUGAUGGUGUCAUCGACUUUGCCGUUAUGGUGCGCGGCUGCGGCAUCAUAACGAACUGGUAUGUCCGACAAAGCCGAAAAAGCAAUAUCUUCAGUUGUCUACAGUCCCAAGAACAGAUGAUGCAAACGACGACCCUACCAUGGGAGCCACAGGCCUUGAAAGACAGGGAUACCAUAGCGGCGUGUAUUGCAGGUCUAGACAGGCUGCAGCCGCUUCUGCAGACGAGUGCGCAUUGGACAUUCUAUAACACACUGCGACUGGCAUACGAGUCAUUACUUAUCUCCUACCGACACGCAUUUAUACGGCUCACAAUGAUCUAUGUCGCAUGGUCGUGCAUGGAUAGCUCAGAGUUUCAUAGAUUCAUUGCAUCCGCAAAUCAUAUCUCGCGGGCACUAUUCAUGCAUUAUAUCACUAUUGAUUCCUUCAUGCGACCAUUGUAUGCAAAGCUCACCGUCAUUAAGAACCGCAAGUCCAGCGGGGGUCACUUCCUGAUCUAUCGAUGGGCAGAGGCUAUAUACGAAGGCUUACCAGGGUCCAUUCAGAGAUUGGUCUACGAUCAAUUCCAAUAUCUUGCCCUAGAUUUGAUCCCAGAUAUUGCCGUUCACAAAGCAUAUUUCCCGCAAUGGAAUGAUGAGCUUGCGAGGUUCGUCUCGUUGCUGCGCAAGCGGCUACCAAGGGAUUUUUUGGAAUUACAUGAUAUAGAAUAG